AUGGAGGAACUCACAAAGUCUGUUUGGGAUGAUGAUAAUCCACUAGAUGAUAAAAGCGAAGAGCACACUUUGAAGCCACAGCUUGAGAAUGAAUUCUCAGCUCAACCUUCGACAUUCAAUCCAGACGUAUCGCCUUUAGUCAAUACUUUUAACUCGUAUUCCAUCGAUGAUCCCUUUGCUAAUCCGUUUGAUGAAGCCAGUAAAGAAGAAGAUGAACAUGAAGUUGAUAAUAUAGACAAGGAACAAACUAGUGUUGAGGCACCUUAUGAGAGUUUCUCGCCGCAGCGAGCCCAGGAACAAGAUCUACACACGAGCCAGAGACACCAAUUGCAGAGUCAGAUUUUAUCGGAACUCACUCAGGGCUCCAACGAAGACGACGAUGAUUUGGAGCAAUCGUUGCUUAAAUCAGACUCGAGAACUAUCAAGAAUUCAGACGAAUUGUUUCACGAUAAGGACUCGCCGUUGAAGAUUAUUGGUCUGGAUGCACAUACAACAACUUUGAGCUCGCAACUGAGGCCGAUAAGCGUGAAAAAAUUCAAGGCUGCAAGACCUCGAAAAUUCAGUGCAAAGACAAAUGCGCAACACUUGUUGGGAGAAUCAAGUACAUCGCCCAAGGACAUGUUGGGUCCAUUGGCGCUCGAGUCGGAAAAAUUGAAUGCCAAGAGCGACCAGCAACAAGGAGAAGAAAACGAAAGAGAAGGAAAAGAACUCAAAUCAAGGGAACCAAUAGGUAAGGAUGGAUUGGAAGAAGCAAAAUCAGAAAACAGAGCGGCAGUACUGCAGCAAAAAGAGGAACAACAGCAAAAGAUUGUCGCUGAGACUAAACGCAAGGAUAGCAAUAACCUUGAGAUUUCAGUUAGUGAUCCAAUGAAAGUUGGCGACAUCACCACGGCUCACGUUGUUUACACAAUUAGAACCAAGAAUAAAAACUUAGAUUCACCGCACUUUCCACGGGUGGAGACUGCCGAAGUGCAAAGGCGUUAUAGCGAUUUCAGAUGGUUGUACCAUCAAUUACAAGCUAACCACCCGGGCAAGAUUAUCCCUCCGCCACCUGCAAAGCAGAGCUAUAUUGGGAGAUUUAAUCAAAAAGUGAUUGAGCACAGGCGAGUUUCGUUAGAAAAGAUGUUGAACAAUAUUGCCAACAAGCCCGCACUAAGCAAUGAUCUUGAUUUUGUCACAUUUUUAACCAAUGACAGAGAGGGAUCAUUUGACGAUUCUGGUCUCGAUGAAUCUGCCAUUAACGAGUCCUCUUAUGGUGGAACAGCUUCGGCAACGUCUGCUGCAGCAAAUGCAGCUGCUAAUGUCGCCAUUGCCUCGACGGGGUUCAUGAGUUCGUUGUUUUCAUCCAACAAGGUGGUUGAGCCCGAUGCUUACUUUACUGAAAAGAAGCACUACAUUGACGACUUGGAGAACAAUUUGAAACAGUUUUCUAAAACAAUAGAGUUGAUUGGCAGUCAACGACAGGAUAUGAUUAACAUUUUGGAGGAGCUCGCCAUCACGUUGGAAGAGUUGUCAACUAUUGAAAUAAGCAGAGCUACGAGUGACUUGUUGAUUGCCUUUAGUGAAGUUGAAUUUAAAAUAAGAGACAAUUUGGAAAGACUUGGCAUAUCGGACCAAUUGACCAUUGGCUUCACUAUUGAAGAGUAUUUGAGAAUUAUUGAGGCAAUCAACUACAUUUUCCAAACUAGGAUCAAAAUGUACCAGCUGUUGACUUCGCUAAAGUCUCAAAUUGAAAAAUUGUCUAGAAAACAGCCGAUACUGCCGGAUAGAGCGUUUGAACUUGAUAGACUAAAGGAAAGAGAAACCACUUUGCAAAAGCAAUUUGACGAUAUAAGUCAAACCAUCAAGAACGAAUUUGACGAGUUUGAAAUGAGCAGAAUCGACGAUUUUAGAAACAACGUUGAAAUUUACAUUGAAAGUUCCAUCGAAUCUCAAAAGGAGGCAAUUGAGAUAUACGAGACUUUCUAUAGUCGAUAUAUAGCUGUUGGAACUGAAUAA